AUGAAAUUGUGUAUUGAAGCGUUACGAGAACAGCAUCCAGCAACGUGGAAUGAUUUCCUAAAUGCCCAAGAACGAUUCGGUCAAUCACCGCUGAUGUUAGCCACCAGGGGUUUGGCCAACGAUUGUGCUAAAUUGUUGAUAAACGACUACGGCGUUGACUUGAAUUUGGGGAACAUUUCCGGCGAAACGGCUCUGCACAUUGCUGUGCAAUUCGAAAAUGUUGAGAUUUUGAAAUUGUUGCUAACGAAAAACGCUUCGACUGAUAUCCGAAACUAUCGUAACGAGACUGCGGCCGAUCAGGCUGAGCACAGUUUGAAUGAUACGAUAAAAGGCAUCUUUCCAAAUAGAGCGAAACAUCGUCGCGACAUCUCUAAUGCCAAUGUUGACCUAUCGUUGACCAAAAAUUAG